AUGCGCCUCAAUAGCUUCGCCGCCCUCUUUGCGGCAUCCUCUCUCCUCCUCGGCGCCGCUGCUGGUCCAGUUGCUGCCAAGCGACAAGAGAACGAUGCCACCACCGCUUCCGAGACCGCGACCGCCUCUGCCUCUGGUACCGAGUCCGCCUCCACUUCCGAAGUCACCUCCAGCACUCGCGUCCUCCCUUCCGUCGGUCUCAUUGUCAGUACGUUGAGCAAUGGAGAAAAGACCACGAUCGAGGUGGUAGCUCCCAACCCUACUCCCGGUGCCAAAACAACCGGUGAUGAGGACUCGGAACCAACCCCAACCUCCAACACGUACACCUUCUCCCGUACCGGUCUUCCUGUCCCAGCGAGCACAAUCUUCCCCGUUUGCAAUGAUGCGAACGCAAAACCUUUCUGUCUGCCUUCCAAUGAGUCAACCUUGUACGUAGGAAAGACAUACUACGCCACCUGGAACGCCGACUUCUUCCCCAAGAACUCUACCGUUCUCAUCAAGGUCCUCUACUCGAACGAUACCACAGAGGAGGUCUGGUCUUCGGAGAAGACUCCCAAUGGCUGGGGAUUCGUUGCAAUCGAGACAACCAAGAGCUGGAAGCAAGGCUACGACCGCUUCAAUCUCUCGCUUCAGGCCAUCAACUACGACAACAACGAAGGUGGCAAGGCCGAAACAUUCCAAGGACCCAUGUUCCUCCUCCAGGACGAGCCUACCCGCCACUACGAACCCCCGCCACCAACCAAGUUCAACAAGGAAGGCCUCCUGAUUGGCCUCCCAGUCGGUCUCGGUUGCAUGAUUCUUAUCAUCGCGGGUCUCCUCUUCGGCAUGCGCAAGCAUCGUCAAAUCGGACUUGGAAACAUCAUGGGCCGCCGUAACAGGGGCUACGGUGCUCGCAAGAGCAAGAGGGAACGCUUGGGAUUGGGCAAGAAGGGCGCCAUUCGUCUGGAAGAGAGGGAGGCCGCUUCUGACUGGCACGAUGCCCGUGUCCGCGGUAACAGCUUGGGCAGUCUUGUCAGCGACGAUGGCAUCCGUCCUGGUCGAGGAAACCAGUUCCGCGACGAGAUUCAGAGGCAGAAGACCGGCCGUAUGGAUUAA